UUGCGCCUAGUGUCAUUGUGUCAAUAGUUUUCUAUAAUUACUUAUUAUAAUUAAAGUCGCAUAGUAAAAGCCAUUUCUUUUAUUUCUAUCAGGUUAUGGGCGUCACGCUCAAUAGUGCGUUAUAAGAUUUGGCUAAAAAAUAAAGUUAUAUUUCGAAAAGUAAAAGUACAUAACCUAAAAAAACACGCGGUCGCCGGAAUUCUUUUCAGCAUUUCAGAUACUAAAAUUCCAAAAUGAGUUCGCAAAACGGAUUAUUGUCAAUUGAAAAGCUUACAGGACGAGACAAUUGGUGUACAUGGAGUUUUGCGGUGAAAGCAUAUCUAGAAUUGGAAGAAUUGUGGGAUCAUGUACAAGGCACCGUCGUCGACACAAAGAAAGACUUGAAAGCGAAGUCUAAGAUAAUUUUAUUAGUGGAUCCUAUGUUAUACGUACACAUCCAAGAUGCAACUACGUCUAAACAGGUAUGGGACAAUCUUUCUAAAGCUUUUCAAGACUCAGGAUUAGUACGCAAGGUUGGUUUAUUGAAAGAUUUAAUUAACACCACCUUGGAAUCAAGUAACAGUAUAGAGGAAUAUGUUAAUAAAAUUAUGACAUCAGCCCAUAAAUUAAGAAGUAUUAGUUUUCAAAUUGAUGAUGAGUGGCUUGGAACUUUGAUGCUGGCCGGUUUGCCAGACAUGUAUAAACCAAUGAUAAUGGGCAUUGAAAGCUCAGGAGUUAAAAUAAGUGCAGAUCUAAUCAAAACAAAAUUGCUUCAAGAAGUUAAAUCUACUUCUGCACAAGAUACAACUACAGCAUUUUACUCCCAUUCCAAGUCUAAACCGUCUAAUCAAUCCGUACAAAAUAAAAAGUCUAAGGGUCCUCGUUGCUACAACUGCAAUGGCUACGGGCAUUUAGGAAAGCAAUGCUGGCACAGAAAGAACAAUAAAACUGCAAAUGAUAAAUCCAAAUUUAAUAAUGAUUUCUUAGCUGCUUUUUCAGCGGCUCUGUUGCAGGAUCACAUGAAUUGGUAUGUCGACUCAGGUGCAGCCAGAAAUACAACAGCCAUCCUUAGCGGGGACUCGUAUUGUCACAUCACCGCAGCAUUCAACUCGGAGAAAUGUAUUGUCGGCAAUCCUUAUAGAUUUUACAGGUGCUGGUCUUAUAUUGUCCAGCCAUUCACGGUGCAUUGUUGUAUUCUUAGAAGCCACGGUGAAACAAAAGAAGCUCCCUCCAGCACCUGA